UGAUAUUCUUAACUCAUGGGCAGCAAACUUGGAGAAAUUGCUUGAUCUUGUGGAGAAAAGUUGUCAUCAAAUACACAAGGAAACCAUGGUCCAUAAAGCUGUCUUAAAGGUUUAAGGUCCAUGUCAGCAAUUACAGUCAUAGGGGCAUUUCGAUAUAGAUGUUAUUUUGGACCUGAAGUUGCUUUAUUAGGAAUGUUCAUUCGAAUUGUCACCGACUGGGUUGGUGAAGGAAUUGCAUCAAACGACGGUCCCGUUUUCAUUUUAUAUUUUGCCAUUCAUGCGAGCUGGAUAUAUAUGCUUUUCUUAGAACUGAAAGUAGCCAUGUUGUAUACUACUGGUAGAUACCUCACCACUGAUUUAUAACAGGAUCCUAAAUGGUCUUGUUUGUUGCAGUGGUAAGAAAUUCAGUGCGUGUUCAUUUUAUAUUCUUUGGUAUGGUUAAAUUUCUCUUGUACUUUUGAUUACUA